CAAUCUACCGCCCUCCUCGAAAUCCUUCAUGUCGCCUUAGGCCUAGUGCGCUCCGGUUUACUCACGACAGUAAUGCAAGUUGCAAGUCGGCUAGUAAUAGUCUGGGCCAUCAUCCCACUCUUUCCUCAAGUAAGUCUUCAUUCUCCAAUCUAUUCAUCAAUGGUCUUUGCAUGGAGCCUUUCAGAGAUCAUUCGUUAUGGGACUUAUGCUAGUUCCUUACUAAAUUAUCCAAUCCGACCACUCCUUUGGCUUCGAUAUUCGGCUUUCUAUCUACUUUACCCUAUUGGAGCAGGAAGCGAAUGGGGUUUAAUGUUCUUGGCAUCCAAGUUUGUUUUUUGA